AGACGUUGCUUUCAUCUUCUCGAGCCGAUUUCUGGAUUCUCCUCCACCACCAUUUACCCUUCUUUUAAAUUCCUUCCUUCAAUCAAAAUUUUAAUUAUUCUCACAAACCUUCUUCUUUCUCCAAAACGUCGCUCACAUGAACAAGAGCAGUAAAUCAAAACAAAGAAGAUGAACAAGAACAAGAAGGAUGUGAAGGUGGAGAUAAAGAAGGGAUCGAUGGAUGAGUGGCCUGAGCCAAUCGUCCGAGUCCAGUCCUUAGCCGAGAGCAACCUCUCCUCUCUCCCCGACCGCUACAUCAAACCGGCGUCUCAACGGCCCACAACAACCGAAGAGGCUCCGGCCGCGACCAACAUCCCAAUCAUAGACCUUGAAGGACUCUUCUCGGAAGAAGGGACGUCAGAUGACGUCAUCAUGGCUCGGAUAUCGGAGGCUUGCCGCGAGUGGGGAUUCUUCCAAGUGUUAAACCACGGCGUGAGGCCGGAGCUGAUGGACGCGGCUAGAGAGAGUUGGAGAGAGUUCUUCCAUUUGCCGGUCAAUGCGAAAGAGACUUAUUCGAACUCACCAAGAACCUACGAAGGCUAUGGAAGCAGACUAGGUGUUGAGAAAGGAGCCAUUCUUGAUUGGAGUGAUUAUUACUAUCUCCAUCUUCUUCCUCCUCGUUUGAAAGACUUCAACAAGUGGCCUUCUUUUCCUCCCACCAUUAGAGAAGUAAUCGAUGAAUACGGCAAGGAACUAGUGAAUCUAAGCGGGAGAAUCAUGAGGGUAUUAUCGUCAAACUUGGGACUAAAAGAGGAUAAGUUUCAAGCUGCUUUUGGAGGUGAAAACAUUGGGGCAUGUCUGCGGGUUAAUUAUUACCCAAAAUGCCCUCGACCGGAGCUGGCUCUCGGUCUCUCCUCCCACUCCGAUCCUGGCGGUAUGACUAUUCUCUUACCGGACGAUCAAGUUUUCGGUCUCCAGGUCCGAAAAGAUGACACGUGGAUCACCGUCAAGCCUCAUCCUCAUGCUUUCAUCGUCAAUAUUGGCGAUCAAAUACAGAUACUAAGCAACUCAACAUACAAGAGCGUGGAGCAUAGAGUGAUAGUGAACUCGGAGAAAGAGAGAGUUUCACUUGCCUUCUUCUACAAUCCUAAAAGCGAUAUUCCAAUCCAACCAUUACAAGAACUUGUAUCCACUCAUAGUCCUCCUUUAUAUCCUCCCAUGACCUUUGAUCAAUAUAGACUCUUUAUUAGAACUCAAGGUCCACGAGGCAAAUCCCAUGUUGAAUCUCAUGUUUCUCCUCGUUAAUUGUUUUUCCUUCCCACAAAGAAACUUUACUCUUUUUCUUGUUUCAUCAAUUUACAUCUGACUUGUAUAUGUGUACACUAUUUUUCAUUCUUCUUCAUUUACACCGGAACUGAUCUACCUUCAAGUAAAUAACUCGAAUGAUAUUUAGAAAUAUUUGUAUGCAAUAAUAUU